CUUAACACAAAUUGUUAAAUAUUUCUAACCUAAGUAGGUAUCACCGAAAAACCUUUAACACAGGGUGUCAUCGGACUUUUCAAGGAACAUAAACAUUUGACCAAAAUGGCAUCUUAUAAAUUUAUUUGUUUCCUAGCAAUGGUUUCUCUUAUGAUCACCAAUAUUAGUGCAAGCAAGGCAUGCCACCCUGAUGAUCUCAAGGGUCUCAAUGAGUUCAAAGCUGGCAUACAUUCUGACACUUCUGGAAGACUAAGCAAAUGGAUAGGCCAAGAUUGUUGCAGUUGGCCAGGCAUUUCUUGCAACUCUACAACUAACAGAGUUGUAGAAAUCUAUCUACCUGGUCACUAUGUCGAUGGUGAUGAUGAAUCUCCCAAGUUUGUGUCAAGCACAAUGAGUGGUUCAAUAUCCCCUUCAAUUUCACUUCUCACUUCACUACAAGUUCUUGAUCUUAACAAACUAGUUGGAUUAACAGGACAAAUUCCUGAGUCCAUUGGGCUUCUCAAGAAUCUCAAAGACCUUAAUUUAGAAACCAAUCAAAUCUCUGGUACAAUUCCAAAGUCGGUAUUCACAAAUUUGACGUCUCUGACAAUCUUGAAUCUUGCAAAUAAUCACUUGACCGGGGGGAUAUCGGAAAAUAUUGGGAAUUUACAAGCACUUCAAAAGCUUUUCUUGUCUAACAAUUCGUUAACCGGAACAAUCCCAGCUUCAAUUACAAAACUACAUUCCAUUUUCUAUAUCAACAUAGAAAAAAAUCAACUAGUGGGAGAAAUACAAUUGCCUUCGAGUCCUGCCCAAUGGCCUUUAAUUAGAAAUUUGGCUCUUGACAACAAUAGACUCACUGGAGUUAUACCUGAUUCAAUUGGCUACUUGACAACACUUACAGAAAUUUCUGUGUCAAAUAAUCAACUGACAGGGCCAAUUCCUUCUUGUUUGGGAAACAUAAAGAACUUGCAAAUAUUGAAGGUCAAUAACAACAACUUGUCAGUUGAUAAGUUGCCAACAUCAAUUUGUGGACUUACUACACUAAGUGUCCUAUAUGUUUCUCAAAACAAGAUCCAUGGACCAUUGCCUGAAUGUCUUUCUUCAUUCAAGUACCUUCUAAACGUCGAUGUACCAUUCAAACGUACAGCCGUUCUUCCCAUUGGAGUACACAGAGUCUAAGUUACAGUGACGGAGCCUGAAAUUCUGAUAACGAGAUUCAAGAAAAUCCAAAAAAUGCCUCAGUUGGGAUUCAAACCUAUAUUUAUCUUAUGCUAAGGGGAUUUGAAAUUUUAUGUAUGUCUACAAAAAAAAAAAACAUGCUUUUACUUAUCUCUAUGUUACUUGAGACUCUAACUUGCCAGAAUGACUGGCAAGUAUGAAAAAAUCUAAGAGAUAAAGUACUUUC